GGAUUAUCUGUCGAUGAGCGACUAAUCGAACACGAGAAACGGAAGUGGCAAACGGGAGAGAACAGACUAGAGAACAUUUGUGUGAAGUUAGUUCGCUAGCCUUAACUUGUGUCACCGCAGACUGAAGAGACAAACUGCAAUUUCUAGAAGAAGUAAUCCUGUAUUGGACCUUACGGAGUUCGUUAGUCCUCCCGGACUAACUGGUGUCUUUGUCUUUGUGUGAAGACGGGAACAAAAAGUGCCAGGAUGGAUCCGGCUUUGCUCAGAGAGCGGGAGCUGUUCAAAAAGCGAGCGCUGUCCACGCCAGCUGUAGAGAAGAGACCGGCUGCGUCUGAUUCUGGCUCACACAAGAAGAAGAAGCACAAACCCGACAAGGAGAGCUCCUCUGGCUCCAAACACAGCACUGAAUCCAGCAAUGGAAACUUCAACAUUAAGGCGAGCUCUGGGUACAAGUUUGGCUGCCUGGCUAAGAUCGUCAACUACAUGAAGACGAGGCAUCAGAAUGGAGACACGCACUUCCUGACCCUGGAUGAGAUUCUGGAUGAGACCAAACUUCUAGACAUCAGUAUGAAACAGAAACAGUGGCUCAUGACUGAGGCCUUGAUCAGCAACGCAAAGAUUGAUGUUCGCGACGGGACUUACGGCUUCAAGCCCAAGUACAACCUGAAGGAUAAGAAGGCCUUACUGAGGCUGCUGGACAAACACGACCAGCUGGGGCUGGGGGGGGUGCUGCUGGAGGACGUGGAGGAGGGGCUCCCCAAUGCAGCCAAGGCCAUCAAGGCUUUGGGCGAUCAGAUCAUCUUCGUCACGAGACCAGACAAGAAAAAGAUCCUGUUCUACAACGACAAGCACUGUCAGUUUGUGGUCGAUGAAGAGUUUCAGAAGCUGUGGAGGAGUGUUCCAGUGGACUCCAUAGACGAAGAGAAAAUCGAAGAGUACCUAAAGAAACAAGGCAUCUCCUCCAUGCAAGAAACGGGACCAAAGAAAAAGUUGCCAGUUCAAAAAAGAAAGAAGCAGGCUGGGCAGAGGAAGAGACAGUUCAAGACCCACAACAACCAUCUGGCAGGAGUGCUGGAGGACUACUCAGACGGUGUGCCUGGAAAGAAGUGACAGCAGCUGUCUGGAACCUGAACCUCCGACGUGGGAGUCCCUGCUCACACGAAAACAGACUUAUUGUGGCUGUUGUGUCGAAACAAUCCGGCUUUUUUUCUCCACAUUCCCUCCAGUGGUCUUUCAUUACACGAAUCCAACAGCGACUGUGUUGGGGAAUCUGUUUCAAAUAUAUCGAUCUGCAAGAGCCGAGUGCUCUGGAGGAAGACGACCGAGACGUUUAUCGAGGCUGAAGACUCGAAAAAAACCACAACCAUAACUGCUAAAACGAACGCAGACCGAGAACCGAAACGUCAAACAUUUUAUUUAUUUUGUAGCAAAAAGGUGUUCAGGAGGUUUAAUGUGGGUGAGAAGCAUCCUGAUUUUAUUUUAAAGCAGAUUUGAGGUGAACUGUACGACUCGUCGCUCAGCAUGAA